AUGGCGCGAGAUGCACCUGCUGAUACUGCAGGCCCAUCGUCUCCUCCACCUCGACUUCCCGAGGGAUGGCUUCCGCAAUGGGAGGGGGUCCAACGCAAGUGGUAUUAUGUCCAACGAACGACCGGCAAGUCGCAAUGGGAGAUCCCAACUGAGCCAGUCGUGCUGACUCCAUCGACAACGCCCACGUCUAUCGGCACCGGCCCCUCGCAAGCACCACCCUCGAGACCAUCAACAAACAGCCCGCAGGUUUGGCAGGGGAAUACACUGGCGGAGCGGAUAGGCUCUUUGGCGGACAACGCGAGGAUUUCCAGCUCUCUGAAUGCCCAGCUUAACAGGCAAUCUCCAAACCCCACGUAUGGGUCCUCGGAGACGGGGUGGCAUGCGAACCAGACCGGACUACACUUGCCAUAUGGAUAUGGGCAACAAUUCGCAUCGGCUCACGGCGGAUAUGGACCGGAAUCGCAGCAUCAAAGCUCUUCUGAAAACACGGGAAUGGGAUCAACGGGUGUCUAUCUGAGUCAUGCACAGCAAGUUAUGGGCCAACAUACUUUUGGGCAGAACUAUCCCACGACACACUGGGGCAGCAGUGGAGACGCUACUCACGGUCAAUCGGGGCCGUUCAAUGCGGAACAUAUCGGCGACCCAUAUGGAGGCCAUGCUGCAGGUUCCAUGCCAUUCCUCCCGCAGUCGGUACAAGGCGUUCCUGCAAGCCAUAUGCCUAACCUUCGAUCUGAACAUGGCCCUUCUGAACCUCAGUGGCAGGUGUCACAACACCCCAGUCUUUCGAAUCCCGGGUCGCAGUGGGUAGGCUCAUCGGGUUUAUCGCAGCCUUUUUUCGCCUCGCAAUAUGCGCCGCAGACUGUCGAAAACUCUGCAGGUAAUAUGACUGCCCAGGCUUCGCAUUUCUCGAACCUCUCGACCUUAAACGGCGAGCCCGGUAGCGAUCCACCAGGACUUCAACCCAUGCACGGGUCAUUUUCUACACACUCCGUUGGCUCAAUGGAUCACGGUCAGUCGUCUAUGGGGUAUCCCCUAGCCCGGAACCAUUCCCAACAGGGUUCCUCCUUCCAACAACCAGGCUUUUCAGAUCCGGCUGCAACGGCACAUUCUUCACAGGGUUAUCAGUCGCAACCACCAACCUCACACGGGCAAUACCAUAGUACCAGUAUGGCGCGGGCACAAUCCGGGCCUGGGUUUGCCUCGCUGGGCUUUCCUGCGAUCCCCGAUGCGCACGGCAAUGCUCAUCAGUAUCAGAACCCUCUUGUUCAGGUCGGCGCUCGACAGUACUUGCCUCAGCAGCAAGCCAGCCAUCAUGACAUGGCGCACCAAUACCAUUCUGGAGUCUCGACUGGUCACCAAAACCAAGAAUUGGGUGCUCCCGCCUCCACUUCCUCGCGUAUAGUAACAUCCGACUCGCAGUUCGUCAGCGGUCCUUGGGCAUCAUCGACUGGUACACCUCCCGCCUCAGCGUCGGGCCAGCAGUCUAGGCAGGGCUGA